CUUCUCAUCAUGACGGCCGAUGCUCCCAGGGGAAACUCCAAGGGGUUCGCCGCGGCGAUGGAGCCCAUGGCGAACGGUGUCUCGACGUUGGUCCCUAUGGAGGACAAAGAUGAGGCGGUCGGCGGCUGCUGCCGUUCCCGGGACCAGGUGCGUCGCUGCCUUCGCGCCAACUUGCUGGUGCUGUUCACGGUGAUGGCCGUGGUAGCGGGCGUGGUGCUGGGGCUGGGGGUGUCCUGGGCCGGCGGCAAGCUCGCGCUGGGCCCCGCGCGCCUGGAGGCCUUCGCCUUCCCGGGCGAGCUGCUGCUGCGUCUGCUGAAGAUGAUCAUCCUGCCGCUGGUGGUGUGCAGCCUGGUGGGCGGCGCCGCCAGCCUGGACCCGAGCGCGCUCGGCCGCCUGGGCUCCUGGGCGCUGCUCUUUUUCCUGGUCACCACGCUGCUGGCCUCGGCGCUUGGCGUGGGCUUGGCGCUGGUGCUGCAGCCAGGCGCUGCCGUUGUGCCCAUCAACGUCUCGGUCCCGGCCCUGGACGCUGGCGAAGCGGCCCCCAGCAAGGAGGUGUUGGACUCCUUCCUGGAUCUUCUGAGAAAUAUCUUCCCCUCCAACCUGGUGUCCGCAGCCUUCCGUUCAUAUACCACCACCUAUGAAAUGAAAGCUAUUGGCGGAAUCGAGAAUGGCACCUUGGUGAAGGUGCCCUGGGGGGGUGAGGUGGAAGGCAUGAACAUUCUGGGCCUAGUGGUGUUUGCCAUCGUCUUUGGCAUUGCCCUGCGGAAACUGGGGCCUGAGGGCGAGCUGCUCAUUCGUUUCUUCAACUCCUUCAAUGAUGCCACCAUGGUGCUGGUCUCCUGGAUCAUGUGGUAUGCCCCUGUGGGCAUCUUGUUCCUGGUGGCCAGCAAGAUUGUGGAGAUGGAGCACGUGGGAAAGCUCUUUGCCAGUCUAGGCAAGUACAUCUUGUGCUGUCUCCUGGGCCACGCCAUCCACGGGCUCCUGGUCCUGCCCCUCAUCUACUUCCUGUUCACACGCAAGAACCCCUACCGCUUCCUGUGGGGUAUCAUGACGCCACUGGCCACCGCCUUCGGGACGUCCUCCAGCUCUGCCACGCUGUACCUGAUGAUGAAGUACGUGGAGGAGAGGAACGACGUGUCCAAGCACAUCAGCCACUUCAUCCUGCCGAUCGGUGCCACCGUCAACAUGGAUGGCGCGGCGCUCUUCCAGUGUGUGGCGGCUGUGUUCAUCGCCCAGCUCAACCAGCAGCCCUUGGACUUAGUGAAGAUCAUCAUCAUCCUGGUCACGGCCACAGCAUCCAGCGUGGGAGCAGCAGGCAUUCCUGCCGGGGGGGUCCUCACUCUGGCCAUCAUCCUUGAAGCUGUCAACUUACCGGUUAAGGACCUCUCCUUGAUCCUGGCUGUGGACUGGCUGGUGGACCGGUCAUGUACUGUUCUCAACGUGGAGGGCGAUGCCUUUGGAGCGGGACUUCUCCAAUAUUAUGUGGACCGCACAGAACCGAGCAGCCCAACACCCGAGCUGACCCACGUGAAGAGUGAGACACCCCUGACUCAGCUGCCUGUCCCCACUGAGGAAGGAAAUCCCCUCCUCAAACCCCAACUAGGCCCCGCUGGGGAUACUGAUACCUUUGAGAAGGAAUCGGUCAUGUAA